GGGCGUGGCGACAGCCCAGGUGUGCUCGACAGACGUCGUGCUACAGUAUGUUUAUAUUCCGGACGUAUUAAAGAAAUGGCUUUGACUCAAGAGGCGAUUUUAAACGCUUUAUUAGAAGGCAGAGGAAAGUUGAAAAACUCCGAGCUGCUGGGCAAGUUCAGAGAGCUGCUAAACUGCAGUGAUCCGACGGAGAAGAAACAGAACCGAGAUCUCUUUAAAAGCUUCGUGAACAACGUUGCUGUCGUGAAAGACUUAGAGGACACCAAGUAUAUAGUGCUAAAGAAAGGGUACAAUCAUUUAUUAAAAGCCUCAAACGAUGAAAACGCACCAAGAGAAGACUUAAAAGAUGGAUCACAGGCAAAAGAUAAGAAAGAAAAAUCUAAUGCAGAAGGUAAGAAGUCUGAACAGAAAGCUCUGAGCAGAUCUCCGUCAGAGGCUUCAGACGACACCACGCCACACUCUCCCAUAGAGUUUGCUUUGGAAAGAUGCAAGAAUGUGGACUUUACACCUGUAAAGUCUUUACAUUUCACCGUCCCACUAAAGCCUGACCCCGAUUUCUCGGGAGCCGCAAAGAAAGAAGUAAACACAUACAAACCCUAUGCUCUACCUUUACGAGGGCCGCAAAUAGACUUGGGUCGUCAUAACAAGAAGCCUUCCACUGAGAGCUUGGGAGAAAAGCUUCAACCUUCGCCUCAGUGUAAGAGGAAAACAGACAGCGUGGUCAGCGCUGGAGCUUCGCCGCAGUCACAGAGACACGUCAAGACCCCUAAACAAGCGGAUGAGCCCAAAGACUCGCACCAUUUCUCACUUGAUCCCGUGGAGCACGAGUGGCUGGUGAAGUCUGCGGCAGGACAGUGGACUCAAGUGCAUGGCUUGCUGUUAAAAGACGCCCAGCUUGCAGAGAAGAAGGACUUCAUGUCAGGGUUCACGGCUCUACACUGGGCCAUCAAGUGUGGAAACCUUGACAUGGUGUGUACGAUUAUUGAGGUGUCUAGGAAGAGCGAUCAUGGGGUGGACAUCAAUGGCAAGUCCAAUGGGGGCUACACACCGCUUCACAUCGCUGCCAUCCAUGAUCAGCGCUUUCUGAUUGAGCUCCUGGUCCGUAAGUACAGUGCCAAUGGGAACAUAAGAGACAACUGCGGUAAGAAACCCUACCACUACCUGCGCAAAGAUGUCCCAGGAAAGCUAAGGGAGCUUCUCGGAGACCCGAAAGCCGUCCACCAGGAGGUCAAUCGUCAGGUCAAGGAAGAGUAUGACCCGCGGAAAUACUCUUUAGGGCCCCUCAUCCUACCUCAUGGGGUGGGGCUCAAGAAAAAGAACAAGAGCAGAAACCAGUUCAUCUCUUUGAAUGACGACGUCAGAGAAAGGGAUGAGCCGGUGUUACGUAAACUGAGGCCGGAGUCAAAUAUCUUUCCAUAAUGAGUCUAAAUAUGGAAUAUGAGUUUGAUUCGCAGACAGUAUUUGUGAUCUGAAUUAAUCUGGGUUUAUCCGGGAAUCUGUUCAUUGAGAUUUUAUUUGUAAUAUGAAUCACAAUAUACCAUAGCUUUUUAAAUAAAUUAAUACUUUUAUUCAGCAAGAACACUUUAAAUUGAUCAAAAGUGAUGAUGUUACAAAAUAUCUAUUUCAUAUAGAUGCUGCUGGACUUUCUAUUAAUCAAAGAAUCUUAAAAAAAGUUUUUAUUACAGUUUGCACAACAAAACAAGACUGGAGUAAAUGUUGCUGAAAAUUAAUUUCCACAGGAAUAAAUUACAUUUUUAAAUAUAUUCAUAUUUCACAAUAUUACUGUAUUUCUUUGGGCAGAAAAGCCUUCAAAAACAUGAAAAAUCUUACCAACACUAAGCUUUUGAAUGGUCAGUUACUUAUGUGUAUUAUAUUGCAUUGUAUUUUAAUAUAAUAAAAUGUUUUCCUUUUUCCCACAGAUUUAAAUGCAUCAAUUACAGAUUGUAAAUCAUGAGGUACUACUUGUCUUAGUGUAGGGAGCAUAACUCACUGGAAGUGGCCAAAACCUCUCUAAUUGUUCUUUUCUGGCUUUUUAUGCAUCGCAUGUUUGCACAUGUUCACUUAGGUGAUGUGACAAGCUGAGCAAAAUUUAGAGAAUAUUUUUUUUUAUUACUGUAGAUGUAAAAAAAUAAUAUCUGAACACAUUCAGGUCAUGCUUUUUACUGAUUAACAUUUAUUUAGUCAUGCAUAUUCCUGUAUUCUGGUGGUCUUGGAAAACCUGUAACUGUGGGAGCUUAUAUUGCCACCCCAAAUCAAUAAAUACAUUUUAUUCAAAAAU